CAUGGGCAAGAAGAAAAUGUAUAAAAAAAAUGCAAAUGGAUGUUCUGGUGACGGAACAACUCUGGAUGAAGCUUUAGAAAUCCACAAGAACCUUUUCAAGUUCUCCAGUCGAGGUUUCCACUGGGAGCCUCUGUUCGAACAAGAACACAGUCAGGAGGAACUACAAGAAAUGUUGGAUACCAAACCUCAUGAAUAUGUACGCUGUAAACUCAAAAUGGAGAGACACGAUCUGGCAUAUGCCAAACCUCUCAAGGAUCUGACUUCUACCAUUUGCAUCAGUGGAAAGGAUGCUGUGGGCAGAUCCUUUCCUGGUGAUGAGGUUUGUGUUCAGAUCUUGAGCAGAACAUGUCAGCUUAAUCGAGGUGAAUCAGUGAAAGGGAAAGUAGUAGGAUUGCUGGAUAGAUCUGAAAAGAGCUGCACCAUCAUCUGCAGGAUGGAGGGACAUAAACAAUUAGCUACGCCGGUCAAGAAAAACAUGACCAGGAUACGUAUCCUGAAAAAACAACAGGACAAAAUAGAAAUACGGAAGAUCAAUCCAAAAGAUGGACACUACGUCCCUAAGAGAUCUAUUGACAUGGCAGAGGAUCAGCUUUUAGUGGUCAAGGUGCUGAAAUGGGAAAAGACUCAUCAGUAUCCUCUUGGAGCGGUUACAAAAGUUAUCUCACAUGAAGAGUACUAUAAAGUGCUUCUGGAACUAGAAUAUGGCAUUAAAGACUCUCCUCCUCCUUUCCAACCAAAAUGUGACCAAAAGGAAAAUGAGGAAAGAAACCUAACAUUCACCAUAGACCCUAGUGAUGCUUAUGCCUUGGAUGAUGCCUUCAGUCUGAGUGACCAUGGAGAACAAUAUAUGAUUGCUAUUCACAUCACUGAUGUAGCUAGUGUCAUUAGGAAAGGCAGUAAGGAGGAUACAUUUGCAAAAAAGCAAGGUAGGACAUUUUACAAUGUACAUUUGAAAGCAAACAAAGCAUUCAUGCUUUCCGAAGAAUCAAGCAAUGAAUUCCUGAGCUUACUCCCAGGUCAGAAACGAAAGACCAUAUCUUUGAAAAUAAUGAUUAACAAGGCCACCAAUAUUAUAGAGUCCAGUAAUUUUACUCGUUCUGUUAUCAAAUCUGACAGACGGCUAUCAUACGAAGAAGCAGACAAGAUAAUACAAGAGUUCUGUCCUGAUGAUAGCCAGGCACCUCUACGCUUUUCCAGUGUAGAAGACUGUAUUGCUGUGGCCUACUGCUUUACCAAGGAACUUAGAAACUUCAGGUUGGAAGGAACCUGGAGCAGUGGCCAAAGAAAUGGAGACAGUAGAGCCCACUGCAUGGUAGAAGAGCUGAUGAUUUUUUACAACAAUGCAGUGGCUGAAAAACUCAUUUCCAAAGACCUAACAAGAGAUCUCACCCCACUGAGGUGCCACUUCAAGCCAGAUCCUGAUCAGUUUGAGCUGUUUAAAAGAAAAUACUCUCCCCUACUGCCCCUGUCUCCACAUCUCUCACAAAUAUGUGAAGUUCCAGAGGCAAAAUUUGAAGAAGCCAAAGAGUUUUUUAUUCACGUCUUCAGACCUGUGUUCGAGCACAUGGAAAGCUUGGCACAGAAAAGAGACUACCACAAGCUGGUUCAUCUUAUUAUAAAUGAUGAAAUCCAUCCUACAUUACGUCACAUGGCCAAGGAAUUCAAGGAAAUUCAAAACAAAGCUGUCAUUCUGAGAUCAUGUUCUAACUUGUCCUCAAGAUUAGGACAUUAUGACCUGCAGCUCAAUACAUACACGUGUGCCUCAUCGCCUUUGAGACGCUAUCUGGACCUGGUUCUUCAGAGGCUUCUCCAUAGUGUGCUCUCUGAUAGGCACCAAUUAGGCCCAAAUUACACAAAGGAAGAAAUUGAUCAUUUCUGUGACAAAUGUGACUCUACAGAGGAUUUUGAUUUGGAGUCAUUAAGACUCAUCAAUGCAACUAAAUCUAGUUCUAGAGAUGUGACCAAACUGGCAGUGGUGGACCAGAUUUCUCCAAACGAGCAUCAAUUUAUUAUCUCAGUACCUCUUGACAGAUUAUCAGGGCUAAAGAUUGAAUACAGAAACCUCAAAGUGGUAGAGCAGCCAGCGUUUAAAGCCCAAUCCUGCACUCUUACCUGGAAGAGAAGAGUGUAUUCAUUUAUUGAUUCCAUCAAGCCAGAGCUACAGCAUAAAGUGUCAGAGAACAAAAAUAUUAUCCUGAUCUCGGGUAAGAAUUGGAUAAGAAUGAUAUCUGCAGCUAAAGCUGAGGACUGGGGUAAGGUCAGUGAGUGUCUUCGAGAUGUUAAAGAAGAAAAAAAUAAUAUAAAGUAUAAUGUAAUAAUGUCAAAAGCUUACCCGACAGAGCAGAAUCAUUUUAAAGUGUGGGAGAUGGAACUCAAGUCUGAAGAUGUGCUCCAAGUGCAGCUUGGCACAGAAGUUGUCAACGGGGCAACACUGCCUGCAGUAAACCUUCUCACUCUCAGUCCUUCCUUUGAGGUCUGUUUGGAGCAUGCAAGGAACCCAAUCAAGUGUUUCACCCCCACAGAUGGCACAGUAUGUUAUCCAUCAAAAACAAAGUACAAGGAUUAUAAGGAGUACCAGAAGAUUUGGGGAAAACUGUGUCAAAUGGACACAGCUUACAAUGCUGUAGAAGAAAAUAACAGUGUGAUUCUUGAAGAUGUGAGCAUAAAAUGGACAGGAACCACAGAGACAUCUCUGGAAGGUUACUUUAAGAUGACACAACAACAGACGAAAGACUGGUCUCUGGAAUUUGAUCUAACAAACUGUUACCUCUGUGUCAGACUCAGGGAUCAAUAUGCUAAAAAAGAGGAAAAGACAGAAACAACACAGUGCAAUGACUCUAAUCUCUCUGACUUGCAGAACACACUGCCCUCCACAUGGGUCGCACAUGGUAUAACCAUCAAAUCCCAAGCGCAAAAACAGGGAAAUAAAAACACGGAGAAUAAAUCCAACAUCAAAAUACAUUUUCAAAUAAACUCCAGAAAAAUGCUGAAUAUCCCAUGUACACUUCAAGAGAAAGACACAAAGUUCACUGUCGAAGUAAUUCCAAAGAAAAUCCCAUACGUGCAAUAUGAACAUGCUAUAAAAAAUAUAAAAAUAGCUAAUGAGCUGGUGAAGAGCAUCGCAACGGGGACCGUUUUCAAAGUUUACAAUACAACUGAAGAGCUAGAGCCAGCAGAUGAUGACAUGGAUCACAACCUGGACCUGCCACCUUUAAAUGAAAGUCAGAAAAUCGCUGUGCAGGAGGCUUUGAACAAUCCUUUUACUGUGAUCCAAGGACCACCAGGUACUGGGAAAACUGUAGUCGGGGUUUAUAUCACAUAUCAGUUUUACAUGAUGAACAAACGUCAUGAAGCACAAGCUCCCAAGAACUCAACAAAACCAGGACAAGAUGAGAAAAAACCCAAGAAGCGUGGCAUCCUGUAUUGCGGUUCCUCCAAUAAGUCUGUGGAUAUUGUGGCAGAGCAGCUGUUGAAGCUAAAAGAAAUCCUUAGGCCUCUUCGGAUCUACUGUGAUCAGAUGGAAAUGCGAGAGUACCCGUAUCCUGGAAGUAACCUAAACCUCUGUCGCAGAGCCCUUCGUGAUGAGAAGCCAAAGGAAGCACUCAGGAAAAUUCUUCUGGAAGAAAGUUUUGACCAGAGCCAUGUUUGGAAUAAAGAACACUCCGAAAUUGUAAUUAAACUCCAUUUUCUGCUGUUUUACAGAGGUAUCUCUUUAAUGCAGUUGGUGCGAGAUCCUGGCAACCCCCACUCAGCAGAGAUACAACGACUUGAAAACUGCGAGUCGGAUUUUAACAUUGAAAGUUACAAGAAGGAGUUGAAGGAGGCUCAGAAGUAUGAACUCCUACGGCAUGAUGUGAUCCUGUGCACCUGCUCGACUGCUCUAAAGCCCAUCCUGAUGGAGACCAUGGACUUCCGACAGAUCCUGAUUGAUGAGUGUGCCAUGGCCACAGAACCUGAAGCCUUCAUUCCUUUAGUCUCACAUAAACCCGAGCAGAUCGUGCUUUUAGGCGAUCACAAACAGAUUCGGCCAAUCGUGACAUGUGCCCGUGUGAAGGAGCUUGGAAUGGAGAAGUCCCUCUUUGAGCGAUAUAUGGACAGGGCAUUGAUGCUGAAUACACAGUACAGAAUGCAUAAGCAUAUCUGUGAGUUCCCUUCAAAUGAGUUUUACGGAGGGAAACUGAGGACUGGAACCAAGCAAAGAACCCCCCUUUUGCUCGACAGAAACAACACCCCGACUGCCAUCCUAUUCGGUCAUGUUGAAGGACAGGAGAUCAGUUUAGUCGUUUCUACAGCAGCUGGAAAUGAACGUUCAGCCGCCAACGAACAGGAGGCGGAGCAAGCGGUCCGGGUUGCAAACCUGUUAGUCCGUCUGUCUCGAGUGCAACCAGAGGACAUCGCUAUUCUCACCCCCUACAAUGCACAGAUGUGUAAAAUCAAGGAGAUGUUGGGGCAGAAGGAAAACCAGGCUCUUCAGGGUGUCAACAUUUGUACAAUCAUGAAAAGCCAAGGAAGCGAGUGGCGUUAUGUAAUACUCUCUACAGUUCGAUCGUGUCCACUUUCUGAGAUAGUAAAAGAGUCGUACAUCAGUAAAGGAUGGCUGGGGAAGAAACUCGGCUUCAUCACCGACCCAAACCAGGUCAAUGUGGCCAUCACGCGCGCUCAGGACGGACUCUGCAUUCUGGGUAAUCGUGACUUGUUGAACUGCAGCGAGCUGUGGCACAAACUGCUGUCUCACUACCAGAGACGAGACUGUGUGCUGGACUCGGCUGAAGACAUUAAAGUCCGCAGACACUUCAUGUAGUGAGCUCUUGUACUGCGGGACACAAAGUCUCGAGCUGAUUUAGUUGAAAUGCUAAAUGUUUACACAGGGAGGCGCUGUAGAGCCUAUUAUGGAGUCGGAUGUGUUUUAUCUGGCUCUCUGGUAAAUCACCAGAUUUUUA